AUGGUAUUUGACCAAGCCGGAGGACCAGCCUACUUCUUGUACGACAAACUGAGUGCUGAUGAGAAGGCUCGUGCCGAAACCCUAAAGAAUGCCGGUCGAAAAGUGAAGAGACUCGAGGCCAAACAAUUGUUGACCGACUUCGUCAAGACUUUGUCUCCAAACCUUCAGGUGGGUUGGGAGAAUAAUUAAGAAUGGCAUUAAUUAGGCUAGAGGUCAAAAAGUGUAUGGAACUGUAUGUUUUUGACACAAAUUUGAGGGUCUGUUCAAAAAGUUUGUAGGCGACCAAUUUUUAGUUUUUUGGUCGAAAAGUUUGUGGAUUUUUUCGUUUUUUGGUUGAAAAUUUGAAAAUUGAGGCCUUGUUCGAAAAGUUUAUGGAAAAUUUGUUUGUUUGAUUAGGUUUUUAAAAAACCAAGUUUUGAGCCAAAAAUUAGAUACAAAUUGAUGUUUUUUACUUGCAAUCGAGAACAUGGUCACAAAGUUUAUGGAACUUUUUCUUUUCAUGGAAAAGUGAGGCACUGGUCAAAAAAUUGAUCGAAAUUAAUGUUUUUGACUGACAAUUGAGGUCCCGGUGAAAAAGUUUAAAGAAAAAACAACUUAUAGUUUGUCCGGUCAAAAAGUUUAUGGAAUUUGACGUUUUUUUACUGAAAAAUCAGAGCUUAGUCAAAAAGUUUGUAGAAAAAGCUAUCUUUGGUUUUUUGGUAAAAAAUUUCGCAGAUUUGAGAACAAAUUUGAAUCUUCUAUGAACUUUUAGACCGGUCUUUUUGCUUCUAAUCAAUUUAUGGCCAAGUCUGUAAAUUAUACAAACUUUUUGACCGAUAUUUAGUUUUGAAAUCUUUUGGAUUUUUGUUUAACUGUCCACAAACACCAAUUUUUUCUCUAAUCAUCGUCUCAUACCUUUUUAAAGUCAAUACUCACACCUUUACAAAAUCAAUAUUUGCAGGCCAUCGCGAAAGAGCAACGUGAAAUAUACGAGAAGCGACGUGACGAAAGCGUGAACAAGAUCAAGACAUUGAGCGCGGGCGCUCAAUCCCUCUACAAUGAGGUCAAGAAGCUGGACAAUGGCUCGAUGGACGCUGAGACUGAGCACGCCAAGAUCAAGGCAUUGGUAAUGGCAGCUCCGGCUGGUGUUCGUGAUGAGCUCAAAGCUAACAAUAUUGUACUACCUGGUGUACCAGUAGUCUACUAG